AUGGCAUUGAGUGGUCCCCUGAUGCCUUUGGACGGUGGAUUGUCGUCGUCGGCCUUUAGCCCAUAUUCGGAUUCGCCCAACUCGCCUUCGCGCUUUCAACAGCUCCCGAACAACAAUGGUGGGAGCGGAAACACGGCAAGCAAUAGGUCGUCCAGUCAGCCGGCUGACUCCCUAGCACCUCCCGCUAGCCCAUACCCGCAGCAGAUUGAGCCUUCCCCCGUCGACUCGAAUGGCACGGAGAGCACAGACAUCGAUGAAGACGCGCAAGAGGAUGCAAACGUGAGGUCGCCGGGCUCGACGAGCAACGAUGAAGCGAUGGAGGUGCAGUCGCCGGAUAUUGAAAUUACAAGUCCUGCGAGCAAUAAGAGCGAAAACCCUCCGCCUAGGAUCAACACAAAGCUGCCUGCAAGAUUUCGAUCCGACUCUGCAGACGAUGGCCCGCAAUCGGUGAUCCAUAUUCCGUCGGGGUUCAAGGACUUUGACAGAGAACAGCAAAGCUCCAAUGAGCAGCGAUCUGGACAAAGUGCUCUCCUGGCCUCGCCGAGCACACCCGAAGCAUCUGUGGUUGAGCCAGCAGAUAAGCGAUUGCCAGCCUCGCCAUCACCCGUCAAUACCGACGUGCCACAGAUACUGGAUCGCUCAACACCGCGUGCUCAGACUCGGCAAGAACUCGAUGAUGACUUCAAACGUAGAAGUCGUCGUACGUCUAGUCUAGAAGAUAUCCCCGAGGCUCUCGACAAGGACGCUGAUGAGAUUCAUGACAAAGAAGAUGGCGCCCAAGCGAGGGAGGAGGGAAGCCCCAGCACAGCGGGCCUGGUCGGAGACGGCAAAAUGGGUGAGGCACUCACCCAAGGUGAAUCUGAAGUUGCAGCCUUGAGAACGGCUUUGAGUGAGUGUUGGACAUUAUGCAAUACGCUUGCGGGCCUUUCUUCCACCCAUCGACAGCGAACCUUCAAGUUCGCGGGAAAGACCGACGUACAGGAACAGGCGUGGCGAAGUUGUUGGCGACUGUGUCAACAGCUGUACGACAAUCGGGAUGAGGACCACACUUCACAGGUAAUGCCAACAUUGGAGCUGUGUCGUGAUUUCUGCCAGUCUCUGUUCGAUGCGCGCGACAAAAUGGACGAAGCAUCUGAUUCUGUCCUGCGCGUCAGCUUCGAGCUAAACAACCACCUUUAUAACACGCACGAUCGCAGCCUGCCGGACGCCUUCAACGAGAGGACACUGGACUUUUACAUCACCAUGUGCCAUCGACUGAUGAAGUUGCCCACAUCAUUGCCACAAGAGACAGAUUCUCUCCUCAGAGCUUGUUGGUCCUUGGCGGAAAUGCUCUUCAACAUCCGGCAAAGCAGCCGCGUGGGACGAGCAGCAGACGAGGAGUUGCUUGGAUCAGCUGUGCAGGCAUGUUGGGAGCUCUGUGAUCUCUUCCGUGAAGGCUGGACACAGAUCCGUCCGGAUAGGGGCACGCCGCGGCCCAGCAAAACGACAUUUGGCUCAAGUGCAUCCUUUAAGAGCUCUGCCUCUGUUCGGUCACGGGGAUCCGAAGGACGAUCAACAUCAAGCACGCUGAGUAGCCGCAAAUUCCACGACGCCCACGCAAUCCCUCCGGAAACACCAGUGACUGUCUUCGACGACGCUUCCACCGCCAACUCUUCUCCUGACUCCGUGACGGUGCCGAACAUUCUUGUCCUUGGACCCGCCAGUACUGGUAGCGGCUCUUUACGAGGCGCUCCGCACCACGAACGCUGGUCCAGCAAUGCCAGCGUGCUUAGCGACUACUCGGAAUCUGCAGGCUCGCAGCGCACAUCAUCGACAGCGACGGCCUCGGCCGAAGAAACACAGCUCUCCCGUCUGCGCUGUCUGCUUUUGAAAGCAGGCAUGAACACUGGCUACACUCGAUCAUCCGGGCAACAGCUACCCGCGUAUGUAAAAGCACUUCCAGACAAUGCUUUUGGAACUCUCCCCUGGCAGAUGAAAGUUCUCAACUUUUACAAAAAGUUGGUUACGAACGACAAAUCCAUGCUAACAGUGCAUACUAUGGCGAGUCGACGAUUCACUGCUAGUGAGGCUGCAAAAGCAGUUAGGUGGCUUGGCAAUUCUGAGCAAUGGGCCUGGAUGCGAGAUCUUUUCCGUCUUGUCUUUGGCUUUGGGGUCGACGAUGCAGAUCGCAGAGGAGGAUCGUUGAUGAUAUGA